AUUGCUUCCAAGGUUAUCAUAAUCGCUUAUCCCAUCGCACACACCGUGCAAACAAUCUUAAAACUUAUCACCCCGAUAUUUAUUUAGCUUCAAUGCUGUAGCAAAGUUGUCUUCAGUACAUUUUUCUUCGCCAUCGUCUCUCAGAAGGGGAAAAAAACAAUUUAUUUAAGAUAUCUAUGUACCUAAUACACUAUCCACCAACUAGAAGAUCAUUUAAUGGCAUCGAGAAUUGCCUCUUCUGCGCUUAAGCGUAUCGUGUCCAAUGUAGAGGUCGAACGCAAAUUCAACCUUGGACCUAAGUUUACCUCUCUCUUCGCAAACCCCACCGGCUACCAAGAGAAGGUUCCCUUCGUCUUACGCAGCCAUCCACAGCAGCUGAUCCGCGACACCUACUACGACACGGCAGAUGGCCAUCUUAGCGAACUCGGCAUGUGGGUCCGAAAACGCUCCGUCGACCUAUUGCCACUAAACCCUACCGAGAGAAUCACCGGCGCAAAAGACGGCGCGCAAUGGAACGCCAAGUUGCGACUUGCCGGCCAUUAUAUGAACUCGCAAUUCGUCGAAUUCGAUGGCCGGAUGGACGUCUCGCGCGAGGUUCUGCGCAUCACCGAGAACAAGAAGAAGCUUGAGGACUUACAGGUGGUAUCGGACCUGCAGACACGCAGAUCAGAGUGGGAGGUAACGCAGCUAGCGGACAAGAUAGCACCGGCGGCAAAAAUGACAAUCGUCGUCGACGCGGUCACCGAGGCCGAGGCUGAAGUCGACAAGGAGAGAAUAAACAAACAAACCUUCAAUCACAUCAUCGGAGAGGUGGAACUCUUCCAAGAGUUGAUAACUGAGGGCGAAGAUGAUGCGGAGCACGAGGCGCACCGGAAAGAAAUCGGUGCGCAAAGGAUGAAGGAGUUGGAAGAGUUUAUGUUAUCCCAUCCAGAAUUCUUCUCCACAAGUCCAUCUCCGAUUGGAAAACUCUCGGCGUACGAUACGUGGAAGGCCGAACAUGCUUAGUCGAUGAGUUGCAACCUGUAAGUGAUAGGUGGUUUAAUGGAUAGACUAAUAGACUGAUAGAUUUUUUUUUAAAAAAAAAUCAUCUAACGAUGCGAA